AUGAAGUGUCUCGCCAUCCUUGUGCUGUUGUGUCUGCCAGUCUGCUGGGCUUAUACCCUGAAGAGAGCAGCAAAGGAGGAGGACACCAACAUGGAUCUUGUCCAGAAAUACCUAGAAAAUUACUAUGACCUCGCAAAAGAUGUGAAGAAGUCUGUUAGAAGAAGGGACAGUGGUUCUGUUGUUAAAAAAAUCCAAGAAAUGCAGAAGUUCCUUGGGUUGGAGGUGACGGGGAAGCUGGACUCCGACACUCUGGAGGUGAUUCGCAAGCCCAGGUGUGGCGUUCCUGACGUUGGUCACUUCACUACCUUUCCUGGCACACCGAAAUGGAGGAAAACCCACCUUACUUACAGGAUUGUGAAUUAUACACCAGAUUUGCCAAGAGAUGCUGUUGAUUCUGCCAUUGAGAAAGCUCUGAAAGUCUGGGAGGAGGUGACUCCACUCACAUUCUCCAGGAUGUAUGAAGGAGAGGCUGACAUAAUGGUCUCUUUCGCAGUUGGAGUUUUUUCAAUAGGAAAUCAGUUCUGGGCAGUCAGAGGAAGUGAGGUACAAGCAGGUUACCCAAGAAGUAUCCACACUCUGGGUUUUCCUCCAACCAUCAGGAAAAUCGAUGCAGCUCUUUCUGAUAAAGAAAAGAAGAAAACAUACUUCUUCGUAGAGGACAAAUACUGGAGAUUUGAUGAAAAUAGCCAGUCCAUGGAGCAAGGAUUCCCCAGACUAAUAGCUGAUGACUUUCCAGGAGUUGAGCCAAAGGUCGAUGCUGUGUUUCAGGCAUUUGGAUUUUUCUAUUUCUUCAGUGGAUCAUCCCAGUUUGAGUUUGACCCCAAUGCCAGGAUGGUGACACAUAUAUCGAAGAGUAACAGCUGGUUACAGUGUUAG